AUGUCCUCUUUUCAACAACUGUACCCCACUCCCACUUUUGCGUCUCAGAUCCUUCCUUCUCAGAGCCCCUCUCUCUUCUGUAUCCUUCAUCGCCUGCCUUUUCUCUGCCAGAUCCCCUGAUCCUUUCUGUCGCUGUGUUCAAAAAGCUCGAAGAAUAUGGCGGAUUGGGGUCCGGUCAUCAUUGCGGUGCUCCUGUUUGUGCUGCUGAGCCCAGGUCUUCUGUUUCAGAUUCCGGCCAAAGGCAAGGUUGUUGAGUUCGGCAACAUGCAUACUAGCGGCGCUUCUAUCCUCGUUCACGCCAUCAUCUACUUUGGCCUCAUCACCAUCUUCCUCAUCGCCAUUGGGGUUCACAUCUACACUGACUAGUUUGACUGUACUAUCUAUGCUUGUUCUUCUUGGGUAUAAACUUCUUAAGGAUCAUGAAUUUAAGAUUGCAUGUCUCUAAUCUGCUACUGUUAUUACGUCUUCUUGAUCUCAAUGGAUGGUCUAUUCGUGUGGUUUGCAUGCUUGA